ACUUUACUGCGGAAAUUAUGAACUGUGACCUAUCGAACUCGGGACGGGCAAAUCAUUGUUUCCUCCUUUUCGCUUAUAAUAGGCCUAGACUCUGGUGCAUUCUGAAUUUAAAAUGCUGAAAAAUCUUAUGAACUGGAAGGAAUUCGGGCUUGGCCUUCUUGUCGGAACAAGUGGAACGAUUAUCGUUAAUCACUUGGUAAACCGUGCUCGUGCAAAUGAAGUGCAGCAGCUCACAGUCGCCAUCAGGGAGCUUCGCAGGGAGUGGCGGGAGCUGCGGGCAGCUCUCCCGGUGCCCGUAGAUGAGGCGGAUGGUGAAGUUAGGAGGCGAGGACGACCAAGAACACCGGGAGAUACUCGGCCUCGAAGCCGGGGCGGUGGUAUGAAGAGGGUUGGAUCAGAGAUUAUAUCACUGCACCAAAGCUCAAGCGAUGAAGACGAAGAUCUUGACUUUGAAGAAGCUAAUGAAGGAUUCACCACUCCAGAGUACCCGCUCCUCUACAGAGAUGCUCCUGAGCAGCAGUUUCAAAGUAUAGCAGCAACAUCAGAGGAGCUUCAAGAAUUCCUGGAAGAGAUAGACAAACUCUUUGACGGUUCUCAGUCCGAACACCAAGAAGCCCUCCGAAGAAUGCUGGCAAAAGAGUCUCAGUAUCUAUCGAAGUCAGAAUUCAUGUGGCGGUUAACGCGAGCUAAGAUCUUAGUCUCUGAAGUUUGUAGAACUCAAGGUGAUGAUGAGGAGAGGAAGAGACUAAUAUUUGAAGGAAGGGACCAUGCCAAGCGUGCAAUAGAUCUCGACGAGGACAGUUCUGAUAGUCAUAAAUUCUAUGCAAUCACUCAGGGUAUCAUCACGGAUUGGGUGUCUUUCUCUGAGCAAGCUACUCUCGGAAAUGAAUACAAGAAACACAUUGGGAGAGCUUUGGAAUUAAAACCAGAUGAACCCUACCUCAACCAUCUUUAUGGCAGGUUUCUUUUCAAUAUUGCCAACUUAGGCUGGAUGCAACGCAAGGCUGCCAUAGUGAUGUUCGGUCUGUCCCAGAGCCUCAGUCUAGAUGACGCCCUCACUUGGUUCGAGAAGGCAGAGGAUCUUGGGCCGGGCUUCUCCAAUCUCAACCCAUUCUAUUCAGCAAAAUGUUACAUUGCCAAAGGACAGCCUGAAAUAGCAGUGGAGUACUUGCGCAAGGCAAUAUCCUUUUCCGGUAGCAGUUUUGAGGAAAAUGAAGUACGGCAAGAGGCGGAGGAGCUUCUGCAGAAAUACGAGUGAAUGAGGGAAGACUCGACAGAGGAAGUGGCUCAACUUGUACAAAACCAAGAGAUGAAGGAUUCAUAUCAUUAUGCAAGUCCCAGAUCCCCCAUGUAUUCAUAUGUAUAGAUGUCUUUUCCCCCUUGUCUAUCAUUUUUAUUGCUCUUAGCUGAUGCAACGAAAAUUCAUGAUUUGAUUUGAACAAAGUCAUUUCAUUUUCACUAUUAAUCAAUAUUUGUAUUGAAGUGUGAUGAGCACCUGUUUUAGUGACCACAUUUUUUUUCUUCCCUUGGGUGGUCGCUAUAGACAGAAAUUGAGUGUCAUUAUAGAAAUGGAUAUCCAUGUAACUUUUUAUAAAGGGGACUCUCAAUCAGAGGUUUAGCUCAGAUCUUUGAUCGUUUGAAUCAAGGCCAAAAAGUGAGAGAUGUAUGAGGAAAAUAUGACAAGACAUAACAAAGUUAUGGAUUUUUAAUUUAUCAAGUCUAAAUAGUAAGAAAAUUGAAAUCUAUUAAUUUUAGUGUACAAAGUAAAUGGAGCUCAAAAGUAACGUCGCAAUAUUUAAUUCAUACUGUAAAAUAUUAGUUUAAUCAUAAAUUUGCUGUGCAAAUCCAAGCUUUUUCGUCUCAUGUGACCACAGAUCCUCACGAAGCAAUAGCAAUUGUAUGUGCUUCCCA